AUGACUCUGCUUAAUGUUGUUCCAAUUGAAAAGAGGACCACAAUUAGAGCAAUGGCAAGUGCAUUAGGCAUUGGGCAUUCACAAGAAGAGGAAGAACCAUAUAGGUGUGUGCAAAACAAAAAUUUCAUAGGUAAUGUAAUGUUUAUAGCAGCUAUUGCAAGACCUCAAAGUAGUUGUACUGGAGAAGUGUUGUGGGAUGGAAAAGGAGUUUUUCCAUUCACAAAAACUUAUUACGCAUUGAAGAGGUCAGAAAACAGACCAGCAGGUACACCACAGCUAAGAGAAAUAACAAAAGUUACACGAGAUGUUAUUCGAGAGAAACUAAUCAACGAAGUUCUACCAGCAAUCAGAUUGAAAUGGCUAGCAAAUGGAGUCAAAGAUAUUUGGAUACAACAAGAUAAUGCCAAGCCACAUAUUUUAACAAAUAAUCAAGCAUUCAAUGAAGAAGACAACAAAGAUGGAUUUAACAUAAGACUAGUUUGUCAACCGGCAUCCAGUCCAAAUAUGAAUAUCUUAGAUUUGGGUUUGUUUAGUGCACUACAAUCAAUUCAAUUCAAGUCAUUCCCGAAAGACCUCAAAGAUUUGAUCAAGGUGUUGAAAGCUAGAGGUGGUAAUAAUUACAAGAAUCCACACAUUGGAAAACAAUAA